AUGAAGACGCCACUGGCGCCGUCCCGAAGUCUGUUGCGCUUCCUCCGAUCUCAGUCCAACCUCGUCUUCGACUCGACUUCCCCUGCUGCAGCCGCUACGAGGGUACCCUGCCGACGAGUAUCUACAUCGGCUCCGAGAACGCGGCUCUCUUAUCAAUGGCGUCAGGCGCCGGCACGAGAACCCUGCAAAGCACUCCCGCCUCCGACGUACAGUUCUCCGCGGCCUGCGCAGUCUCGCAAUGCAAGCACCGACAGUCGCAAGUCUGGCUUCUGGCGACGGUGGUGGUUCCGGCAGAGAGAGGCGGCCGCCCAGGCGUCGUCGAACAACGGCUACGACGAGACCUCUGAGCAGCUGUUCAACCUGUCGCGCGCGCUGUCUCGCAACAGCAGCGGCGCCGAACUCAAACUCCGCUGCACCGAGUUCGAUGCCAACGGCUCCGUCACGAUGGUCUCAGGCGAGUUCAGGAAAUCAGAACUCAUAGCAAAAUACGGCCUGUUACCACGAGAUCUCCGCAAGAUCGAUUCCUCUGUAUUGCCGCACAUCCUCGUCCGGCCGUCGGCCAUCCUAAUCAACCUCCUCCACCUCCGCGUGCUGAUCCAGUCCGACCGGGUCCUCGUCUUCGACGCCUACGGCAGUACCGACUCCUACACGCAGUCGCUGUUCAUGUACGACCUGGAAGGCAAACUGCGCCAGAAAGCCGACCCGCGGAACGGGUCCUACAACCUCCCCUACGAGCUGCGCGCGCUCGAAGCCGUGCUCAUCUCCGUGACGUCGGGCCUCGAAGCCGAAUUCGCGCUCGUCCGCGACCCCGUCACCCACAUCCUUAGGGAGUUAGAAGAGGACAUUGACCGCGACAAGCUGCGCCAUCUCCUGAUCCACAGCAAGAAGCUGGGCACGUUUGAGCAAAAGGCGCGCCUGGUCCGCGACGCCAUCGACGACCUGCUCGAGGCCGACGACGACCUCGCGGCCAUGUACCUCACCGAGCGCAAAGCCACGGGCAAACAACGAGCCGAGAAUGACCACCAGGAAGUCGAGAUGCUGCUGGAGUCGUACCACAAGAUCUGCGACGAAAUCGUCGAGAUCAGCGGCAACCUGAUCAGCAACAUCCGCAACACGGAAGAGGUGGUCCGCGCGAUCCUCGACGCCAACCGAAACCAACUCAUGCUGCUCGAGAUCAAGUUCAGUAUCGGCACGCUGGGGCUCGCGGGGGGUACGCUCAUCGCGGGCCUGUACGGGAUGAACCUGAACAACUUCAUCGAGGAGACGCAGUGGGGCUUCGGCAGCGUCAGCGUCGUCUGCUUCGGCCUCUCCUGGAUCAUCUGCAUCUACGGCAUGCGGAAGCUGCAAAAGGUCCAGAAGGUGCGCAUGUGGGGCGAGGGCCUCGAUCACAGUAUCGGUUUUCGUCGAGGCGGCAGCGGUGGUCCUCCCAGCGGUACCGGUGCUGACCACGGCAAAAUCGGGGGCCGAGGCAACUGGCGCAACGAGGCCCUCGAAAGCCAUGCCCACCGCAUCGGCAGGCUCAAGGGCGGCGGCCUCAACUUGGGCGGCAACGCGCAUCCAGGCCGCGUGCUCUGGCCGGGCAUGGAAGGUUUGGGCAUGCACAGGUUGAACAAUGCCGAAGCGGGCGGGGGCGUGGGUGCGGCCGGGAGCGAAAGCCGGCAACGACCUGCCCCAGACCAACCGCAACCGCGCAUGACGAUCCACGAGGAUGUCGAGAACGUCGAGGACAAGAUGAAGGCCGAUGCGAAGAAGGAGAAGGGGCUAAUCCCAAAGGAACCGGCAAAGAGUCAUGGCCAGGGCCAGAAGAAGAAGUGA